AUGAAUUAUAGAAAAACAAUGAAUAAAGGACAAAAGCAAAAAAUACUAGAGAAUAAAAGAAUAAAAUAUGAAGCAAUGGAUCACUCAAACAAAGGGGAACUGCUUACUAAAAAUAUGAAUUAUAAAGGAACAAUGAGUAAAGAACAAAAGCAAAAAAUACUGGAGAAUAAAAGAGUAAAAUAUGAAGCAAUGGAUCUAUCAAGGAAAGAGAAAUUGCUUACUAAAAAUAUGAAUUAUAGAAAAACAAUGAGCAAAGAACAAAAGCGAAGAACACUGGAGAAUAACAAAGAUAAAUACGAAGCAAUGGAUCAAUCAAAGAAAGAGGAACUGCUUACUAAAAAUAUGAAUUAUAAGGAAACAAUGAGUAAAGAACAAAAGCAAAAAAUACUAGAGAAUAAAAGAAUAAAAUAUGAAGCAAUGGAUCAUUCAAAGAAAGAGGAACUGCUUACUAAAAAUAUAAAUUAUAGAAAAACAAUGAGCAAAGAACAAAAGCGAAAAACACUGGAGAAUAACAAAGAUAAAUACGAAGCAAUGGAUCAAUCAAAGAAAGAGGAACUGCGUACUAAAAAUAUGAAUUAUAAGGAAACAAUGGGAGAAGAACAAAAACAGAAACUAUUAGAGAACAAGAGAGUCAAAUAUCAAGCAAUGGAUAUAUCAAAGAAAAAGAGUUGA